AUGGAUGUGACCCGCGACAACUUUGCAAAGGCCUUGGAGGAGUUCAGGCAGGCUAUCGGUGGGUGCGACUUUGUGGCGAUCGACAUGGAGAUGACAGGCCUCUACGAGACCAAGAAGCUGCAGCCCAGCCGGCUGGACACAACAAACGAGCGAUACAGCAAGCUGAAGCACAGCGUCGAAUCAUACGGAGUGAUCCAAGUGGGCAUCUGCCUGUUCACGUGGGUGGACACUCAGGACGAGAGCUCCAGCGGCUUCUACGAAGCACGGCCAUUCAACUUCAACGUAUUCCCAUGCACUAGCGUCAGCGGCAUUCCUGUGGAGGCGCACUUUGGGUGCAAGAACACGGCGUUUGACGGAAUCCCCUAUAUGCGCUCAGAGGAGGCGCGGCAGCUCAAGGCGGAGCGCACUAGCAUGCUGACCAACCGGCAGCCGCGCGCCGAAGUGGACGAGCGACACCGUGUUUUUGUGCGCGACUUGGAGCGCGUGCUGAAGACCUUUGUGGCUUCGCGCGAGAAAACCAUGAGGCACGAAACAGCCAACUCAUACCAGCGCAAGCUGGUCUACGAGCUUGUCGCUAGCCACGAUACCCUGGGUGCGCGCAGUCGGCCCGGGUUUAUUGAGGUGUUUAAGGGCACGAAGAAAGCCAUGGCGCAGCAUACCGCGCAUAAGCUGAAGCAGCUCGCGGCCAGCAUUGAGGAGGCCCGCGGCUUUUGCGCUAUCAUAGACCUCUUGUCGGCUGCGCGCAAGCCUGUGGUUGGCCAUAAUAUGCCGCUGGACAUCUUGCACGCGUACUCCAAGUUCUACCGCCAGCUACCCGAGUCGCGCGUGGAAUUUGAGAGCGCUGUGCUGCGGUUUUUGCCCGUGCUCAUUGACACCAAGUACAUUAUCGAGUCGACGCCCGGUAUCAAGGCCAAGUACGGCACGUCCAAUUUGGACGAGAUCGCGCCUGUGCUUGAGAAAGAGGCUUUGGCCUCGGCUUUGACUUCGGGCAGCGCUAGCGGCAGUGGCGGUGACAGUGACGUUGGCUGUGGCAGUGGGAAGCGGGCGUUGAUCCACAACCAUGCAAACUUCACAAGGGACGUGUCAUGCAAUAUGCACGAGGCCGGGUAUGACGCGUACAUGACUGGCGCGACGUUCAUCCGCCUGCUUCACCUCGAGGGUGGGCUGAACUUGUCGGCUGGCGCGGAUUGCGAGGAUGGCCGCGAGCUGGUGCUUUACCGGUACAUUAACAAGAUGUAUUUGGCCACUAGCGACGCAAUGUUCUGGAAGCUGGGCACGCCCGAGGAAGAGCAGCCUGGCGAGGACAGUCUGGAUGUCAAUAUGGAAUUGGCGUCGGGAUCGGGAUUGGGAUCGGGAUCGGGAUUGGGAUCGGGAUCGGUGUCUGCGGCCAGCGAGGAGCAGACGCCGUUGCUCAGUGGCGACACCCUGUUCGAGUCUGAGCAGCAGGGCCGAAUUAAAGCACCAGCGCCAUUGCCGUUGUGUGGAAAUUGCCUUUGA